CUGAAUCAGGACUCGCGCUCGCGGACCUUCGAGCCGGCACAGGAGGGGAAGGAGGGCUGCAGGCUGCUGCUCAGCACGAUUUGCUUGGGGGAGAAAGCCAAAGAGGAGGUGAAUCGCGUGGAGAUUCUGUCCCCCGCGACGCGGGAUCAGAAGCCCCAACCCGUCACCAUCGCCUCGCUGCGGGCCUCGGUCCUGCCCAUGGUCUCCCUGAUGGGGCUGAAGCUCUCUCCUCCCGUCACUUUCCAGCUCUGCGCUGGCUCCGGCCCCGUGUUCCUCAGUGGUCAGGAGUGUUACGAAACUUCAGACCUGCUCUGGGAAGAGGAAGAAGAGGAAGAAGAGGGGGAGGAGGAGGAGGAGGAAGAUGACGACGACGAUGAUGCAGAGGUGUCUCUGGAGGACACUCCUGUCAAACAAGUCAAAAGGCUGGCGCCCCAGAAGCAGCCAGAUGUUGCUAAGAAAAAAAAGCUGGAUAAAGAGGAGGAGGAGAUGAGACCCAGUCUUAGAGACAAGAGCCCUGUGAGAAAGACCAAGCCCACACCCAGAUCGAAGAAGCCAGGACCCAAGAAAUGAGCCAGGAGUGGCCCAGUCACUGCAGUGACCCAGGGGGCUCGAGAGGGUCCCCACCUGGCCUUCCAUCCGAGUCUGACUGAAGUGCAGCAGUAGUGAGGGAACACAAGGGCCCCUGUCCCCAACAAUCUGGCUUCAGGGGGCUCUGGAGACAGACCUCGGGGCCAUAAUAAAGUUUGCUUUAGCAGGUCCCGGCCUCCUCUUCCCUAGCCCGCCUCCUUGCUGGCCAGCCAGUCCAGCUGCCCGGCAGAGGGUGACCGCGAACCAGCCCACCUGCCCGAGAGCCACACACCUGCACACACCCGACCCGGUGCUGCUUUCCCACUUUCCCCAGUCCUUCUGGCACACCCCGACUUGGAGGGGAGACCUGGGCAGCAGCUCAGCCUCGUGGCCAGCCUCACCUCCUCCCCUUGCCCCUGCACUCACCAGGCUGGGUCAGGCCUGGUCCAGGGAGGUACCUGCAACCAGCAGGGCUUCCUCCCCAUGCUCCCCUGGGGCAAGGCCCAGAUUACAGGUGCAGAGCUCUGGUGACCCCUCUCACCUGUGCGGCUGCUGUCAAAUGCAGAGCCUCGUGGCACCUCUGGCCAUCUGCCCCUCCCUCCCGGGCUGGCUUCCAUCACGGGCCAGUGCUCGCUCAUGCAGCCCUCACUUGUGGGAGCC